GCAAAUGAAUUUCUAUAUUUUGUUCUUAAUUUCCUUAUCCUAUUUAUAUAGGUUCAAGCACAUUACAUAUGCACUUCUGAAGAUAAUCACAUACCACAUUGCUUUGGAAUUACUCAAAAUCCAAAAUCUAAAGAUUAUAUUAUGGUCUUGGAAUAUGCACAUUAUGGCAGUUUGCGUUAUUAGUUGGGAUGAUCGGCUUGUUCUACUCGAAGGACAAUUGCUAAAGGUCUUUAUUAUAUUCAUGAAGAAAACCAUGUUCAUCAAGAUUUUCAUAGCGGAAACAUUCUAAUUUAUCAGAAGGAUGGAAAAUUAUACCCUGCGAUUGGAGAUUUAGGAUUAUGUAAACCUUUGAAUGAAACCAAUGAUGAAAGUAAAGUCUUUGGAAUAAUGCCAUACAUUGCACCCGAAGUGAUCCGAGGUUUAGGAAAUACUAAAGCAGCGGAUAUAUACAGUUUUGGAAUUAUUAUGUGGGAAAUCCUUACGGGGGAAAGACCAUAUAAAGAUCAACCUCAUGAUAUUCACCUUGCAUUUAAAAUUCUUGAUGGACUUCGACCAACUAUUCCUGAAGGCACACCUGAUAAUUAUAGAAAUUUAAUGCAAAAAUGUUGGCAUAAGAAUCUAACAGAGCGUGCUAAAAAUAUUAAAAAUGAAGUAAUGAGUUUGAGAAAUUCAUUAGAUCUCGAUCUUAAACAUUUGAGGGGACCUGUUGGUAAUAACGGUAAGGAUUUAAGUUUUAGUACUUUAUCAAUUCAUCCUGAAGCAUGCUACGUCAGUAAACAUUUACCACUUGACGAAUUGCGUGGAGAGUUUUGUCAGCAUCCAGAAUGGCCUGGAAAAGGAUGGGACCUUCUUAAAAAAGAGCCUACAGUAAAAAAUGGUAUGUUAUUAUUAUAAUUUGACGAAAUGUUUUAAGUAAUGUUAUUCAUAAUAUAUAUA